CAACCGUGCCGGAGGCCGGGGCGGCGGUGGUGGUCGGGGAUCCCGUGGACGAGGCUGCUGCUCGGAGGCCUGCUAGUGGUGGCGGUCGGCUAUGCCUUCUACAAAUGGGGGCUCCCCCUCUUAUCAGACAAGGUGCUCUUGCCGAUCAUGCGAUGGGAGGCGACAUCUUUCGGGCGCCCUGUGCUGGCUAUCGUGCUGGUCAUUUCCAUGUCCGUCUUCCCUACCGUGUUCCUGCCCUCUUUCCCGUCCAUGUGGCUGACAGGGAUAAUAUUCGGCUACGGCCUGGGCCUCUUGAUCAUCCUGGUUGGCACCGGCAUAGGCAUGUCCAUACCGUACUGGAUCGGCUCCCUGUUCCUCCAUCAUAUUCAUGGAUGGUUGGAGAAGAAAUGGCCUCAGCAGAUAGCCCUGAUCAAACUGGCCGGCAGAGGGGGCUGGUUCCAGCAGUUCCGGGUGGUUGCGCUGUUACGGCUCUCGCCGUUCCCGUAUGUGAUGUUCAACUAUGUCGCAACCAUCACCCAGAUCAACUUCACCCCUUACAUUUGUGGCUCGGUUGUCGGAAUGGUACCUGACGCGCUGGUCAACAUCUACAGUGGCCGGCUGAUCCUCGCACUGGCGGACCUGAAGUACGACCAGCGUCGGAUGACAACGGUGGAGAUAGUGUACAACGUCAUCUCUGCCAUCGUUGCAGUUCUUAUAGGGGUCGGGUUUACGGUCUACGCGAGACGAGCCUUGGAUGGCAUACAAAGCGCGGAAGGCGCGCGGCAACCUGAACCCGCUGUCGUCCCUGCUGUCCCCGCACCGGAGCUCAGUGAUCGCCAUCGAAGUUCCAGCUCUGUGCCGGCGUCAGAACUCGGUGGUGAUCGCCAAAGAAGUUCCAGCUCCGUGCCAGUUGAUGUUGUGUAGUGGCAUACUGGCAUGCAGUAUAUUCUUUAAAGAACUGCAAUGCUUGAAAGAUCCAGCCAGGGUUUUACAGAAUGUUCUGAACCCUGCUGCAGCACUUGUGUUGGUUGGGUUGGGUGUCAAAGGUCAAGACUUCGUGGGUUCUUCUAACCUGGAACAAUGUGGAUUUACCUGACCGGCUUUCUUUAGUUAGAACCACACACGAAUAGCAGAAAACAGGGUGACGGUUAGGCUCCGUCUGGUGUUGCAUAGCUUUCCAUAAGCAUUUGUUUCAUUUUGUGAAUGUAUUACAGUUAGAAAAUAUCUUUCUUAGAAAUAACA